AUUGUGGUUGAGCAACAUACUUAAAUGCCAAAGAAUGAGAGAGAGAAACCUUGUUCACUAAAACAUCCUCUCAUAUCUGCAUUCAUCAGCAACAUUGCAUUACUACUCCACACAUACAGACACAUAAAUCCUUUUUGAUUUUCCUCAUGGCUUGUGGGAUGCAACAGUUAACCUGGAGCGGCCUCGACUGGGGAUUCUGCCAGAUUUUCAUCCAGAUGACCCUGCUGCUCUCCCUCCUGUGCCCACCUACAGUGCCUAUUUCCUGGGACAAUGACUCAAGCGGCAGUCCUGGGGAGGACUGUGGGGGUUUGCGGGCAGAUGUGUGUGGCGUGUGUGCAGGCGACGGGAGCUCGUGUGAGCUGUUUAGCGGGACGCGCUUUCUGUCCGGGCUCUCGGUUGGCUACCACAAGUUCCUGGACAUCCCAUCUGGAGCUCAACGAAUCAAAAUACAAGAAACACAGAAGACCAGGAACUACUUAGCUCUCAAGACAGCAAAUGGUGAAUCUGUGAUAAAUGGUAACUGGGUGAUUGACAGGCCAGGGGAUUUCUAUGCCGCGGGUACUAAACUCACAUACAAACGACCCAAUGAGAUAAGCAGCAGAGCGGGAGAAUCCAUCACUGCUCCUGGCCCGACCAAUCAGGAGCUGCAUCUCUUUGUGAUAUAUCAACAGCCCAAUCCAACGGUAUAUUAUGAAUACAUUUUACCCAGAGACCCUAUCAUUGAUGUACAUUCAGAUACAUAUUCCUACUCCAGUGAACUUUCUCUGGAGAGUCAUGAGCUGUUUCCUGGACCUGAGAUUAGCAAUGAUGAAAACUCAAUGAGCAGUCCUCACCCUAACCAGGUUCCAUUAGACCCUGUGACCUCUAAACCACUUCCAUUGUACAGCUGGGUUGCCAUGACAACAACAUCCUGCAGCGUCUCUUGUGGAACAGGCAUUCGUCAGGUUCUGUUUAGAUGCGAAGAAAAGGCCACACAAACUACAGUACCGGAUGACCUCUGCACCCACGCACGUCAUCCUGGUCCCCGGAUAGAAGGCUGUCAAUUGCAGCCGUGCCCAGCAUUCUGGGAUGUCGGGGAGUGGUCCGAGUGCAGUAAGACUUGCGGUCCAGGUUAUCAGCAUCGUCAGGUGAUUUGCCGACAGACACAGGGACACCGUGGCAAUAGCACAGUCGUCGUGCCGACCAGCUUCUGUGAUGUUACAGACAUGCCAGAGACAACCACGGUGUGCCAGCUGAAGAUUUGUAGUGAAUGGCAGAUUCGCUCAGAAUGGACAGAGUGCUCGGUGCCAUGUGGAGUAGGUCAACGGAGUAGAGAAGUUGUGUGUGUGGAUAACCUGGGCGACGUAGUUUUAGACGAGGAAUGCAACAUGGCCCUUCGCCCGCAGGACCUGCAGAACUGUGACAAAGGAGUGUGUGCCAGCAGCUGGUUUUACUCUCUCUGGAGUGACAGGUGUUCUGCAGAUUGCGGAGAAGGAAGUCGCAGUCGGUUAGUAGUGUGUAUGAUGAGUCAGACUAACUCUCUGCCAUUAGACAACUGCAAAGAAGAGGAUAAACCAGACAAGCUCAUGCGGUGUGACCUGGGACCCUGCACACAGCGGGUGGAAUGGUACACGGGACCGUGGGGACAGUGUUCAUCUGAAUGCGGUAACGGUACACAAGAUCGAGGUGUGGUCUGUGUUCUCCAAAACAACGGCCAAUUAGAAGUCACCUCAGAUGACAGCUGUUCUCAUUUGCCCCGCCCUCCAAGUGCACAGAUCUGCAAUUUGAAAAGCUGUAGUGCCCAGUGGUACAUGACGGAUUGGAGCUCGUGUUCUCGUUCAUGCGAUGGUGGCUUUCGAGUGAGGGAGGUACGUUGUUUGCAAGAAGACUUGACGUUUAGCCAGGACUGCGACCCUCUACUUGAACCCGCAAAACAAGAGGAGUGUAAUACACAGACCUGCACACCACAAAUUGAUGAUUCCUGCAGGGAUAUGUAUUAUAACUGUGUGGUGGUGGUCCAGGCUCGCUUAUGUGUGUACUCAUACUACCGCACCACAUGUUGCGCAUCAUGUUCUCGUGCCGCCCAGAAAGACAUACCUCACAGAAUCAGGUGAUCCAGUCACCUUGUCCUUGGGAUAUAACAUCACUGCUCUCCUCUCACUGAACUAUGAUGUCCUUGAGUCUUUGAAGUCCUGACAUCAUCCCUCACCACUUCAGCUGGAUCUGACACUGAGAUGACAUCACCGUUUACUUUCUCUGUCUUUCAUUUGAAAAAAAACUCAAAAUAUGCAGUGACUGCCCUUUUUAUACAAUACAAAGAGAAUGCUCCAUGAGCAAUUUAGUAUUUAUUGCGAAUAAAAAUACUGAGCCACUUUUUUUUACUUUUCAUCAUGUUUGCUAAUCUCUAAAAAAAAAAAAACGUUUUAAAUUUGUUAACCUUCACAUUUAAAUAGAAAUAUAUAAAGCAAGGAAAGUAAAGAUAGUACAACAGGUAAAAAUAAAGUAUACUUGAAUGUACUAAAAAUAUACUUAAUACCAGCAUGUACAUGUUACACUACAAAUAUACUAAUUAACAUUAUAUUACUAGUACACCAAAAAAGUAUACUAAAUACCAGUAUUACUUAAAUAGAUUUUUAAUGUAUUGAAAUAAAUGGUGUCUCAAAAUAGCACACCUGAGUACUGAGAUGUACAUAAGGGUGUUUUCACAUAUAGUUUUUUUUAAAGGGAAACUCAUAAACAUUUGAUUUUUACCAUUUUGGAAUCCAUUCAGCUGAUCUCCGUGUCUGGCGCUACCACUUUUAGCAUAGCUUAGCAUAAUCCAUUGAAUCUGAUUAGGCCAUUAGCAUCGCGCUCAAACAUAAGUUUCUAUAUUUUUCCUAUUUAAAACUUGACUUUUCUUAAACUAUACUCUCAUUCUGGUGUAAUAAUCAAGGACUUGCUGCUGCUGUAACAUGGCUGCAGGAGGCGUAGUGAUAUUACGCACUGCCCGAAAAUAGUCCCCUUGGUUACUUUCAAUAGCAGGGGACUAUUUUCUGGCGCUGCGUAAUAUCAUUUCUCCUGCCGCAGCCAUAUCUGCCUUAGGGAUGCUCAUAUCAGUUAAUUUUCCCAACCGACAACCGUAGCUUCUGAACCGAACAUUAACCGUUAACUUAUAAGAUUUUAAUAUGAAAUUGUCAUUGAGUAAAAAUACAGUUGACGGUUGUCUGAACUAGUAAAAACAAAACAUUAAAUUUGAAAGUGCAAACAGCAGCGAUAGAUCAACAACAGAACCAGGAUUCAUACAUCAGAUAUUCACAAAACAUUACCUUAUUAAAAAGCACGCAAUCAGUCCAGAGGAUUAAUAUCCAAAAGAUUGUCUCUGUUUCAUCUACCACAGUGGUCAUAAAGCAGGACGCUUUUCAGAAAGUUUUGCUUUUGCGUCGUGUUUGUCUGUUUGUGCAAAAAGAGAGAUGUUUAUGGUCAGGGUCAGACUGGGUCAGAGGCCAUCAGCGAACGUCUGUCCGGAUGUGCGCGAGACCGAGACGGACCGCGCCAUCUUGCGCGUUCAGCUUCCAAACACGCAUACAAAUGAUUUAUCAUACAAAUGAUUACUUUAUAAGACCGUCAGGGCAGCAAUAAUUUGUGUAAUUUACAGGAAAUUCACAAAUUAAAGAUAGAAAAGUGGCGAAAUGUCUGUCGGCUCAUGACGACACGCACCAUGCAUUAACAAACAUUUUUUCUUUUAACUGAUAACGUUAAUCGAACGGUCAAUGUGAACAUCCCUAAUCUGCCUAGAAAAUCACAACUUUUAAUUUUAUGUCGUUCUUAGCACGCAAUAUAACUACAGAAGAGUUACGUUUUAAAUAGGAAAAAUAUAUAAACUCUUUGGUUACUUUUUUGCGCAAUGCUAAUGGUCCAAUCAGAUUCAAUGGAUUAUGCUAAGCUAUGCUAAAAUUGGAAGCGCCAGACCCGGAGAUCAGCUGAAUGGAUUCCCCAACAGUAAAAAUCAGAUAUUAACUCUAGGUAGGGUUGCCAACUGUCCCGGAUUAGCCGGGACGUCCCGUAUUUUAAGCCUAAUUUAUUUGUCCCGUACGGGACGUGUCGCGUCCCGUUUUUUGACUGCUACGCUUGAUCUAACCAGUGACUGAUAAAACAGGCUUCGACUUCAUGUGGCGCCACAACGACAAGCAGAUAACAUCAAAAUCCUGCGAGAGGGAUUUGAGAAAUCCUACAGAAGCCACUAUCGAAAUGCUCUCGCGUUACUUUGAUGUCAUCCACUGUCAGUCCUUGCGGAGCCACAAGCAGCAGCAGUUCUGAUCACGACACCUUUUUAUCCAAUCACAGAUCCCCAGCACAUUCAGUACACGUUUAAGAGUGUCAAAUAAUAAGAUUUUAUGUUUGCUUUUUUUAUAGUCCGUUACUUAGCUGUUUGAAUAAGAUCGGCAUAGUUACAAAGUUUGGUCUCAAUUCUGAAGAGAUCGUUAAUCCAGACCUGCCUAAAACGCAUCAAUCUGAAGAAUUUAAUCAUGUUCAAUUUUACUAGGACAUUUUGGCGCUUAUGAUUCACAUACUGUAAGUGUGUUUUAAUUUAUGUUUUUGAUGUUGACCCUGUAAGACCACAUUUUAUAGAAUCUAUGUUGUCACAAGAUUAAAAUUAGGGGGAUAACGUUUUAUUUACCUUUAGUGCAGGAGUCACAAGUGUUUUGUUUUAGACAGGUAAAGUUAACUUAAUGGUUCAAAAGUAGCCUUAUGUAUUAAAAGUAGGCCACCUGCUGUAAAUUAACAAACUAUUAAUAAACCUAUCAUGUAUGUUCCCAGGGCUAUAAAUUAAUAUUUAAUUAGGAGAUUAGCUAUCAUUUUCACAAAUGGCUUAAAUACGCUGUAUACAAAACCAUAUACGCACUGCUGCGACAGGCCACAUUUUGUCCCGUAUUUCAGAGUGAGAGAGUUGGCAACCCUAACUCUAGGGGAACUGGAAAUUAGCAUAUUUUCAAAAAAAGUGGAGUGUCCCUUUAAAAGAACCAAACCCAGUUCACAACCAGAAAACUAGCCGAAUGAGACCUUAGUUCUUAUGGUGUUCACAAUAUAGUUGACUCAAAAGAGGACCCAGUUCUUGAUUUAGCCCUCAUCAGAACUGAAGUGAUCUUAGACUCUUUCUUGUUCACAUCACAACUACAUAAGAACUUAGAGGCUGUUUACACUUGGCAUUAACAUGUGUUUUCAUCGAUCGGAUCACAAGUGGACGACGUUAAUGCCAGGUGUAAACGGUGUUCAAAACGUUUUGAGCUCAUCCACUUUCAACCACAUCCAGAGGUGGUCGAAACGACUUUCGAUCGGAUCGCUUUGGAGUUGCGGAACGCACAUGUGGUUGAAUGCGUUCGAACAGCCACACCCGACCGCCUUCUCUCCGCCCAUUUAUCUAAUCUGAGGUAUUAAACACAAGUUUUUGACUUCUGCCGUGAACAUUCGGUGAACAGCGCUAUUUUUAGCCUUUCAUUGAUAAAACUAAGCGGCUGAUCUCCGUAGUUUCGUUUUGAAAGCGUGUGAAAGUUGCGCGAUCCUAUUUCA